AUGUUAUUAGAGCGCAAUCCUGAUUCAGAAAAGUCAGGAUACACUGCCAACUCUUAUCUGGCAGUGCUUCAUAAGCAGAUGCCUCGGCUGUACGAACCAGGGCGCAAAUUCAUGCAAGAUAAUGCCCGAAUCUAUAUUGCGAAGAAGAUUAUCAACUGGCUUCAAGAGGAGGGCAUAGAAUUGAUGGAAUGGCCAGCUUAUAGUCCUGAUCUCAACCCAAUUGAACACCUCUGGGCGCAACUCAAGCAAUGGAUCAAUGAUCACCACCCAGAGCUAAUUAAUAUAGGCAAAUCAGAGGAGGAUUAUCAACGUCUGUUCAGAGCAAUUUAUAAGGGUUGGGAUGCCAUAGGAGAAGAAGCUGUGGCCAAUCUCAUCAAGAGCAUGGAUAGUCGAGUGAAUGCGGUCAUUGCGGCUAAAGGAUGGUUAUCAGCGAGAAGAGCAGCCCAGGCCCCACCGCCAAAAAUCAACGUCUCCUUCGGAACAAGAAUAAGUAGGUCGGGUCAUGUCAAGCCUUCUACCCAUCAUCCCGUCUCCGUCGUUUUCAUCGCUUUUGCAACACCGAGAUCGGAUGUGCAGCUUCUUCGCCACUGUCUGGGUGUGGAGGUGGUCGUGCGCCAUGUCAUGAUAGGAAUAUCGGAAACCACAGCCACCUACCAGACCGAUGUCUACGGCUCAGCUAGAGCUCAUUCAUAUCUCGAGGACGCAAUCUCUGUGCCACUACUCCCGUUCGAGUGCCGUUACUCUUCGUUGGGAGACUUGACUUCCUCUGAAGGUGAAGCUUGUCGACGGGUAACGCUCUACGAGCCCAAGGUUGCUGAAUAG